CUCAGUUCAUCACCGCUCGCCGCGCUUUCUGCAGCGAGUUGUCAAUCAAAACGCGUCGCACUCCCCCUCUCUCUGUUCAUCCGACGGGACGUUUUCGUUUAUCCGGUGCCGUGUUUGUGCGAGAAGCGAACGAAAUGAACGUCGGCGAAUUUCUCGGCCCGGGUGCAAAGCAAGUUUUCCAACAAACCUACCACGUCACCCAAGUGAAACAGGAAGCGGACUCUACUUCUCCGCUUUUAACCCCGACGUAUCCGCAGUUAUCGCCACCCAUCGCCCCGCAUACCCCCGAAACUUGGUACCGACAGCCGGAAAUCAUCGAAUCCGCCUUCGCUCCGAGGCAAAUGAUGCCGUAUCCCAGCUACAACGCGGUAUUCAUGAACCAGUGGCUGAGGAACGCCGCGAUGUAUCACCAAACCAGGAACCACGACUGGAGAAGUCCGGGGAGGCCCCCGCUGCUUCCCCCGAAAGUCGGGGGAUCUGCGAGGCCCAAGAAACAGUUCAUCUGCAAGUACUGCAACAGGCAGUUCACCAAGAGUUACAAUUUGCUGAUCCACGAGCGCACCCACACCGACGAGCGACCCUACAGUUGUGAUAUUUGCGGCAAGGCGUUCAGGAGGCAGGACCACUUGCGGGACCACAGGUACAUACACUCCAAGGAGAAACCGUUCAAAUGUACCGAGUGCGGCAAAGGUUUCUGCCAAUCGAGGACGCUGGCGGUCCACAAAAUUCUCCACAUGGAAGAGUCGCCCCACAAGUGUCCUGUCUGCGGCAAGUCCUUUAACCAAAGGUCGAACCUGAAGACGCACAUGUUGACGCACACGGAAAGGCCUCUCGAAUGUCAGUUUUGUGCGCAGUUUUUCGGGUCGUAUCACGAUUUGAAGAACCACGAAGUGUUCCAGUGCCCGUCGAGGAAUAAUCCAAGUUCGGUAGUCGAGAAAAGCGUUAACCUGCUAGAUUUAAGCAAGAAAGAUCUAGAAGGAAGCUCCACGAAAUCGGACACCAAAGUAAAAAAGUUAGGGUUUUCCAUAGAAGAUAUAAUGAAACGGUAGGAUGUGUGGAGUAUGUUGUCAUUAUUUGUUGCCAAAGAUUUUGAGUGGUGCGUCGCUACCUCGGUUCCCAAGACUGACUUGCUUUUCCCUCUGAGAGUUACCGCUGCUCCAAAAAACGUUCGUGUAUUUUUUAGUACCUGGUAUGAUUUUUAGGCUUAGAUUUAGCGCCCGCUCUGUUCAUAUUGUACAGUAUUAUCGUAAAGUAUA